AGCAAGGGGUCCAAACCCAUCCAAUCCCCAGCUGCAAGAGAUUUGAUGGAGAUGAUUCAGGCAAAUCCGUUAGGAAAUCUAGCUCAAUAUUCAACUAAUAUAGGCGAAAAUGUGACGUAAGAGAAUUCCAAAAAGCAAGGAAAUGCUCAAACCGUUAUCCAUCUCCAGCUGAAUCAUCCUUUCAAAACAAAAAAAACUCAACUACCCAGUAACACAGAUUUAUUCGUUUCAGAGUUGUUGAACGGCAACCAAAACCAAAGAUGAUUGGUAGGAGGAUCUGGAGCAAGCGGGCUUGGGUCACCGGCCACCGAUGGCUCUGUUCGCGCACUGCUCCGGGCCUAUCGCCGGCGACGGUGUGCUCAGAUCACACCUCUCUAUUUCGUGUAUUCUCGUCUUCCACCUCAUUUCGAUGUGUUGAUGGGAUACCCAAAUUGUUGCAGUCUAGCAUUGCUCAUCAUGUGAAGAGGAGCUGGUGUUCGAGUCAGGCUCAGGCGUCCAGUGAUGUAACUAGUGGUAGUGGUAUAGUUGAUGUGCCGUUGGCUCAAACCGGUGAAGGCAUUGCUGAGUGUGAACUCCUCAAAUGGUUUGUGAAAGAGGGUGAUCAAGUGGAAGCCUUUCAGCCAAUUUGUGAGGUUCAAAGUGACAAAGCAACGAUUGAGAUAACAAGCCGUUAUCAAGGAAGAGUUGCUCAGAUUCACUACGUUCCUGGUGACAUUGUGAAGGUUGGAGAAAUUCUUUUGAAAAUGAUGGUUGCGGAAUCUGAGGUUCCAAAGCAGACUUGCAAUAGUUUGGAGAAUACAAAGUCACUAGAUUCUGACCUGAACACACAGAACAUAGGUGGAGUUCUAUCCACACCUCCCGUUAGGAACCUUGCAAAGAAAUAUGGUAUCGAUAUCAAUGAAGUCCAUGGAACUGGUGACGAUGGGAGAGUACUGAAAGAAGAUGUCCUUAAGUUUGCUUUGCAGAAGGGAAUUAUUGAAGAUUCAUCUGCCUCUUCGACUUCUAGUUCUGAUGAAUUUUCCGGAUUAGAAGAGAGUUACUCGCAUCAAUCAGCUAAAGCUGGGUGGAUAUGUGAAGAUAAGACAGUUACCUUGAGGGGCUUCCAGCGCGCAAUGGUCAAAUCAAUGACUAUGGCUGCAAAAGUUCCACAUUUUCAUUUUGUUGAGGAGAUAAAUUGCAAUGCACUUGGAAAGCUAAAAGAGUCUUUCCAAAGGAGCAACUCUGAUUCAAGUGUUAAGCACACCUUCCUUCCAUCAUUGAUAAAGACACUUUCAAUGGCCAUAAGCAAAUAUCCAUUAGUGAACAGUUGUUUCACUGAGGAGUCACUUGAGGUCGUCCUAAAAGGUUCCCACAACAUCGGAAUCGCCAUGGAUACUCCAUAUGGUCUAGUUGUGCCAAACAUAAAGAAUGUUCAGUCUCUUUCCAUAUUGGAGAUAACAAAGGAACUUUCACGGUUACUACAAUUGGCAUUGGAAAACAAGCUUAGGCCUGAAGAUAUAUCUGGAGGAACAAUUACUCUAAGUAAUAUUGGGGCUAUUGGUGGGAAGUAUGGUUCCCCUCUUCUCAACUUGCCAGAGGUUGCCAUUAUUGCAAUUGGACGAAUUCAGAAGGUUCCACAAUAUGCAGAUGAUGGAAGUGUAUAUCCUGCAUCAGUUAUGACGGUUAAUAUAGGCGCUGAUCAUAGAGUGCUGGACGGAGCAACUGUUGCCCGAUUCUGUAAAGAGUGGAAACAAUUAAUAGAGAAUCCAGAGCUGCUCAUGUUGCACAUGACAUAGAGGACUGGUCAUGUGCUUAAAUCUAAUCUUGUGUUUCUGAGCAGCUGGAGUUGGAAGGAGGAUGCACCAUUUGCAAAGUUUAUUUUCUCAGGCUUUUUACGAAAGCAAGAGGAGGCCGCUCAAGAGAAGUUCUAGUGCUGUAGGUGCAAGUUUAGUAGGCCAUCUUUCUCUGGUGCUUCGUCUAAUGCAAAUCCUCCCUUAUUUCAAGCUUGGAUACUAAUAAUGUCGGAAAUAGCCGUAUCAUACCCACGUAAACUUUGUGAUGAUGCGCCAAAGAAAGCUAUUUGUGACGAGGAGUUCGAUCAACUGUUUAUAAAUACAUUUUCUGGAUAAGUAGAUGUGCUCUUCGACUUA